GUACGUGCGUGUGGUGGAAGAUCCGCUGGACGAGGUUCCCCUGCAGAAGGAAGCAGUCCUGCCAAAGAUGCAGGAGGCCAAUUUUCCCGACGAGCCUUCGCAGCCUGCUCUGUCUUCGGACGAGGGCGCUGACAAGGUCUGGGUGGACGAGAUGACGAGGAUGAUGGAGGACGACGAUUACGGUGAGCCGGGUCAUGGAAGGGCAGCACGCGAUGAG